AUGGCUUUCCAAAGAAACUUGGCCUUCUGCCUCUUCGCUAUCCUCUUGAUCGGUUUUGUUGUUGAACAAUCGACCGCUCAGUACUACUAUCCAGGAUAUGCUGGCUACUACGGUGGUUACGGUUACGGAUAUGGCUACCCAUCGUACGGUUAUGGUUACGGUUACUACGGCAAAAGAGCAGCUGGCUUUGGACCUGAGGCAGUGCAGGACGCUUGA